AGAAAAGCAUUUCCGGUUUGUAAACAAAAAGACGUUCAAAGCACGAAGCAUGAGAACUUCUUUAUGUUGUAAAAGCGGAUAAUAUCCGAUGGUUUCUUUACUGUGUAUGGUCAAAAAUUAAACAGAUAAAAUGGCCAGAAACAGUGAAAAGGCGAUGACCACCUUGGCCAGGUGGCGAGCCUCACAUUUAGAAGACAAAAACAAGGAACAGGAAAGAAGGCCGUAUUUAGCCACUGAGUGUAACGACGUGAAGAAAGCAGAGAAAUGGAGGCGACAGAUAAUAGGGGAGAUCUCCAGAAAGAUGGCACAGAUUCAGAAUGCUGGUCUUGGAGAGUUCAAACUGAGAGAUAUGAACGAUGAAAUCAACAAACUUCUCCGAGAGAAAGGUCACUGGGAUGACCAGAUAAAGGCACUGGGAGGCCCUGACUACAAGAAAAUUGGACCCAAAAUGCUGGACCAUGAGGGCAAAGAAGUGCCGGGAAACAAGGGCUACAAGUACUUUGGGGCCGCCCGUGAUCUCCCAGGGGUCAGGGAGCUGUUUGAGCAAGAGCCUCCUCCUCCUGCUCGUAAAACACGUGGAGAGUUGAUGAAGCACAUCGAUGCUGAUUACUAUGGUUACAGGGAUGAAGAUGAUGGGCGUAUCAUUCCCUUAGAACAGGAAAUGGAGAAAAAAGUGAUGGCCCAGAAAAUAAGAGAAUGGAAGGAAAGGAAAGAGGCCGCGGCCCGUGGGGAAGCCCCCGCUGAAACUGAAAUGGAGGCUGAGGAGGAGGAGCCCUUGUACCAGAAGGAAGAGUAUGUUGAGGUAGAGAUGGAGGUUCCUGAGGAAGAGGUUGUCCCAGUGAAGGAACAUUUCAUUGCCCACGUACCUGUACCAUCACAGAAGGAGAUUGAAGAAGCUCUCAUACAGAGAAAGAAGAUGGAACUGUUACAGAAAUAUGUCAGUGAUGACUUACAGGCGGAGGAGGAGGAGUCAAAGAAAAUGCUUGGCUUAUGAUUGGUAGCAAUUCAAUGAUUGACAGGUUCUGUGAUCUGUUAGAAAAAAUACAUUUUUUAAGUGAAGGCAGCAGAUGUAUGAAUGAGAGCAAUUUAUUCUUGCAUCUUAAAUGCUUUAUUGAGUAGCUAACCAUGGACUCAGUCCUUCCAUUAUUAUGCUCUUAGUAUUUCAAACAAACACAAAAGAUGUCAAAUGAUUUGGUGGGAACGCCAUAAUUAAAUGUAUUGCUACUGCAUGCAACUUACACUUAUCAGAAGCUGUGUAGUCUUUUAUUAAAAAAGACAUUGUCAUAAUUCAUUGAUACCUUGUUCGUUUACAUCAUUCUAUAACUUUUCCGUCUCAUAAUUUACAUGUAUAGAUAUAUAUUUUAUGCAGUCAUUUAUACUAUGUACAUGUACAUUUGCUUUGAAAAACUAGCUUUUUGGCUGGAAUAAAGUUUAAACAAUUACUGUUUUUACUUUAUGUCUUCAUUCUCUUGGGAGACUUUUUGAUGGAAAUAUUCUGUGGAAGUUUUAAAAACAGUGUGUUCUAGAAAUUUAAAAAGACUGAUUUAUUCUCUUACAUUAUGAUAUAAUUGAUCCUUUCAUAAUUGUAAAUAUUAAAUAUUUGUUAAUUUUUCAUCUCUUGUUUCACCACGAUUUCUGCAGUGCAUCAUUCAACCACUUUCUUCACAUCCCCCCAACUUUUAUAUGUGUGAAUAUUUCAUAAGGAUAUUCAUAUUUGUAAAUAUUUCAAGCGAUUUGAAUUCGUCAACAACCCAAUCUUUCAUUUAAAGGGGCAUGGUCACAAUUUUGGUCAAAAAUCAUUUUUCCGAUUUUAAUGUUUACAAUGCUUCAGAAAGACAUUUUUAAUAGGCAACCGAAAUUUGAGUCUCAUUUGUUUAGUUAUAGGCAAGUUACAGCGCUUGAAAUUCUUCGCUAUGUAAACAAAAUGUUUGUUUACAUUUUGAAAGUUGAAGUAAAAAUUUCAGUUUUAAACCUAAAACGAAUGUGUUAAACGUUAGGAAUUGUAUAUCUAUGCUUAA